AUGGGCGAGAUAUUUGUAAAAUUAGGGUUUCAUAAUGUCACGAAAGUUGAAGACAAUCCAUUAGGAGGUGCAAUUAGUGCUGACGAAAAUUGCAUACAAUGUGAUUAUUACACAUCUAUAGCUGGCCUGGAAGAUUUACUGACAGUGGAAAAAACUUAUGUGAAGGCACUGCAGCAACACUUACUGAAGGUGGAAAAACUGAAAACGGAGUUGAAUGAUUCGCUUAAUGAAAUUGAAUUGGAAAAGAAAAAGAUGGAACAUUGCGAUCCAUUUACAAAAUUUAAGCUACUGAAAAGGUUUAUGGACAAUUGGCAAUUCGUACGGAAUUUAGCAGUAACAAUAACUGAUACGAAAAAUUUCAAAAAAUCCUCAACAAUUCGGGGAAAAAAGAUCGCACUACCAACGUUAGGGGAUAUGAGAGGUGCAGCUAGAGGCAUAUCUCGUUUGCAAUAUAUAUACAAACUAAACUCAACCGAUUUCUCAAACGGCUAUAUAUUGGGUCAAAAAUACAGUUCGGGAAUGACAGCCUAUAAUUGUUACAUUUUGGGUAAAAGUUUGUAUGAGUCCCAAGAUUAUACAGCAGCUGGUGAAUGGUUAUUUGAAGCUUUUAACAAAAUUGAGCAAAGUGAAGAAUCAAACCAAACUAAACAAAAAGAUAGUCAAAUACAGAAUGAUGAACCUACUAAAGUUAUACAAAACUUUCCCCACGUAUCUGAAGUUAAAAUUUUGGAGUAUUUAUCUUUAACUUUAUUCAAAGCCGGUAAAGUACAAUUGUCUUUGUUAAUGAAUACCCUACUUCUUCGAAAUGAACCAACAAAUCAAAAGGGAUUACAAAAUCAAAAACUUUUCGAACAGGAUUUGAGUCGCGAUAGAUUUAGAAGAAAAGUUCCUUCAAAGUCAAAAACUUCAACAAUUACACAACUUUAUGAGCAGGUUUGCAGAGGCGAAUUACAACAAAGUCCAGAGGAGAAACGUAAUCUUCAUUGCAGUUACACUAACAAAAAUCUCGCCUUUUAUCUAUUGGGCCCUUUGAAAAUGGAGUUACUUAGUGCCGAUCCCUUUGUGGCUCUCUAUUAUGAUGUCAUAUAUAAUAGUGAAAAUGAAAAAAUUAUUGCAACAGCUAAGAAAUCGUUGAAAAGAUCACUUAUUGGUGAUGAAGAUGAAUCAACAACUGAUGAAAUUCGUAUUAGUAAAAAUGCUUGGCUGGACUUCAAUGAACAUCCGGAAUUCUUAGCAAAGAUCUCUAAACGUUUAGAAGACAUAACUGGUUUGAGUAUGGAAACUUCGGAAGAGAUGCAAGUAGCCAAUUAUGGAGUGGGUGGCUAUUAUGCUUUACACUAUGAUUGUGAUGAGGAACAAGAUGAAGAAGAUCCCGGGGAGGGUAUCGAUCGAUUGAUGACCGCCAUGUUUUAUCUUAACAAUGUGGACUUGGGUGGCGCCACUGCCUUUCCCAACCUACGCCUUGCCGUGCCUCCCAUUAAGGGCAGUUUGGUGGUGUGGUAUAAUCUGCAUAAAUCUUUAAAGCCAGACUUUCGUACUUCCCAUGCUGGUUGUCCAGUUCUUAAGGGUUCGAAAUGGAUUAGUAACGUAUGGUUCGAUUCCCUGGGCCAGGAACUCAAUCGUCCAUGUGAUCUUCGACCAGAUCAUGCUAUUUCAAUGCCGUAUAAAUCCUUAGGAUUAGACUGAGUUGUUAUCUAGGAAAUCAACAAUGUUACUACAAUAAAAGUUAUGUCUACUAUUUCUAAAGAAGAGAAUAUAAAGUUUAAA